CCAGAAGCUGAGCGACGUUUCUUCGCGGACCCAUCAGCUGCAUCACUUAACUACCAACGCAACUCCUCCGUGCUUCCGGGUCCAGCCUGAUCAUGGCCUUGUACAUUUACGAAGACUUGAUCAGGAGCUAGUCCUCCCUUCUUGCAGUGAGCUUGUGCUGCUCAUAUACUCUCCGGGUAAUACACCCAAGUCAGAUCAAACCAGUCGAAUCCCCGCGAGCGCCGAGGAUUGACCUGACACUCGACACGCACAUACACACCUGGGCAUUCAAAUAUCUUGCUAUCGCAACCCCGGACCUCCAACAUGUUUGGUGUGUUCAUCCCAUCUCGACCGGUGAUUGCCGAGAUGGGCACAAUCUCCCAAACCCAAUUCGCCGUUUCAUUCCCAGCCUCACCACAGUUCCACAAUGUAGGCGUUUUCAUGCACCCGAAUCAAGUGCUGCCGCCGGGAUCGGCAGCCGGAGUCUACAUGCAACUGCCCGGCGAGCAAGGCUUCAAGUUCCUGGGCGCCAUCGCCAACGAGAAGCCCUCGGCCUUGUUCAAGGUGAACAUCCCGGACUCUCUAGCCGCCGGAGAAAUCAAUCUCGGCAUCUCCGUCGAGCCGGUCCAGAACAUACAGGCUCAAAUGGCACAGCUGCAAGAGUCCUCCGGUUCCAUGGCCCUUGCAAAACGACCACUAGACACCAAGGUUCUCGCUCAGCGGAUCAUCAAGAACGCUUUCAAUUUUCUGGCCAGCUUUGCCGGAAACACAGCCAAUGGUAUAGAGGUCGUUCCAUUGAAGAGUUUCCAGGAUUGGUGGACCAAAUUCGAGAGGAAAGUACAAAAUGAUCCAGGUUUUCUGGAACGGGACGAAGUUUAAGAUUGUACCGAGACUACGAGAGAGGCUCUCUAGGUCCUGAUUGAAAGGUUGUUGUAUUUGGGAAGUCCCCGGACAACACUCUAUAAUCACACACUCUAUCUCGCAGGCGCCAGCGAACGACAGAACAUCGAUCCAUCUCUCCAGAAGCUAUGAAUCCCCAAAACCAAUCGUUCCACUACCAGUUCAUCGACAACAUCUCCUCCUUGGUCCAGAACUUCCUCAUAUUCUCCGCGCCCAAUUGUUCCACUUCGUCGUCAAGGUGCUGCCACAACACCUCGCCGAAACUAUCCAUCACCUCCUUCAAUUCGGGCAAUCUCAAUUCACGCUCCCCCAUCCGACAAGCGUCGAGGUAUUGCUCCAUCUUGACCAGGCCCACGUGGAUCGAUUCGUGCUGCGAGAUGAGAUGGUCGUUUUCGCGAAACUGCGGCAUCCGCUCCGCGAGGUCGGGGAACACGUACGUUUCCUCGAUGGUGUGGUGCAUCGUGAGACCCCGGCAUAGUUGCAACGCCUGAGUUAUGAACGCGCGUAUCGACAUGCCCGCGGGACGGGACCCAGAUGUACAAGUCUGGUACAGCAUGUUCCACGUAUGUCUGAAGUGAUUAUGCUAUCAUUCCAAAAAGUCAUCUUGAUGUCAGCACAUUGACUCUUGAAAUCGAGAAACUGGAGAAUAGAAAAGGGGAAAAAAAGAAGGUCAAACGUACGUAUCGGUUCAUCAACACGGCCAUACGAUCAUAUGCCUGCAGAUCGUCGGUGGAAAGUUCAGGCAACUUUGGUUCCGUGGUCUUUCCGUCUUCUUCCUGAUCUGGCUCCGCCUUCUUCUCCUUCUUGGAGCCGUCAUAUUUGAGCUUCUCCAUGAAAGACGGCGGUGACAUGGCGAUGGCACCGUCGGUUCCUGUCACGGCUCCAGCAGUUGUGGGGUGUUUUGUCGAGGUUCGUCUGUUUCCGUCACGUGGUGUUCUCUGGUCGAUCCCUCCAAGGGUCGUCGGAGGAUGUGGAGUAUGUGACAAAUGAGUCGAUGUCGAUGCAACCAGAAGAUCUCUUGCCGUCGAAGUCGUGCGAGAAGGAUGGCGGUGGUACCGACGAAAAUCGGGAGUGGAUCGCCCUAUUCUCCGCGCGAGACCAGGUAUCGACCCUCUUUUCGACCCGACCACCGCUACGGCCCUUGUACCGAAUACCGUUGCAGUCCUGGCUGAGGAAGACGGCAAACUCGGCGACAAGGCAAUCGCCACCAUAAGAAAGCUCAGAGCCGACGAUAUCCAAAGGUACUGUCUCCACCGUCUCAUACAAAAAAAAAGAGGAAGUGGUGUUGCCCCAGACGGAUGGUGAUGUGGUAUUGUAGAGUCGACCCAGAUGUAGUACUAAGUGACGUGGAGAGUAUUGUUAUGUGACAGGGAAGAGAGAUGUCUUUGAAUAUAGAGACGCACCGAAUACUUACAUCACAUGUAUGAAAUGAGUGUACACAAUAAGAGUAAUACCCUUUAUCUAGUUAAC